UCAGUCCUAUUGACGUUUAUUUAUUUUGAAAGUAAACUAAACCUCGCAGUUUUUUGGGUUAAUAUUGUUUUAAUAUGUAAAUUGAAAAAAAUGGUUCAGUUCAAACAUGCUGCGUCAGCAUAUAAAUCUUUAAAUGGACUGAUAUGUGUUUAUAAACCACCUUGUGUCCCAGUAAAACAAGUGCAACAUAUAAUAAAAACAAAUCUUUGUAGAGACCUCAAUGCCUUGCCAGUUAGGCCUCGAGAACAAAGAAUAGAAAUAGAGGGGGCAACCAAUGAGCCAAUGAUUGUUAAGUUGGUACCUAAUUAUGCUGAUGAUCCAUUGGUAUGUGGCCCUAGAUAUAUCCAUGAAGACAUUAGGUGCAGCUGGGCAACACAUCUAGGUCUCUUCAGCAGUGGGGUAUUAUUACUAGGCAUAAAUGAAGGAACAAGAUUAACAUAUAAGAUAAACAUGGGACGCCCAACCAGAGCCUUCAAAGUGCAUGGUCAGCUAGGCAAGGCCACAGACACAUACUUCUGGAAUGGAAAGACUGUGGAGAGGAGUACAUACCACCAUAUCACCAGGGAGAAGAUAGAUAGUGUGGUAGCCCACAUACAGGCCUCACACCAGAAAACUAUGUUUGAAAUGUCAGGUCUGCACAUGGAGUCACAGACCACAUAUGAGUUGGCCGCACAGGGUCUCAUCAGACCGGCCAGCAGUAAACUGCCAGUUAUCUAUGGCAUUAAAUGUGUAGACUUUAAACCUCCUAACUUUACACUAGAGAUUCAAUCAGUGAAUGAAUAUGAGAAAUAUCUGUGGACCCUAGUCCAUGACAUAGGAGUUCAAUUGCGUUCCACAGCUCACUGUAUCGGGGUAAACUGCAUCAGACAAGGGAAGUUUGACUUGGAGCUGGCUUUACUCAGAAAACACUGGCAGUUGGAGUACAUUGCCGACAACAUGAACCAGUGUAGUCAACUGCUGGAAGAAAAUGAACAUCUUCUACAGCCGGAGUCAGCAGUAUUGACUGCUUAGAUAUUAAAUAAGUUACCAGUAACUAAGAAUAGUUUAAAAAUAAAUAAUAAUUAAGUUUA